GCGCGGGCGGGCGGCGGUGACGCUUGGGGCGCGCGGUGACGGAGCGCGGCGGCCGCGGCCCUUUGUUGGCGGCGGUUGAGGCGCGGCGGGGCCGGGCCGGGCCGGGGCCAACGGCGGCGGCGGCGGGGCCGGGCGCGGGGAGGCCGCGGGAGCCGCCGCCGCUCCCUCAGCGCCUCGCCAUGGACUCGGACGAGGGGUACAACUACGAGUUCGACGAGGACGAGGAGUGCAGCGAGGACAGCGGCGCGGAGGAGGACGAGGAGGACGAGGAGGAAGACGAGCCCGACGAUAAUCUGGACCUGGGCGAAGUAGAGCUGGUGGGGUCCGGGCUGCGCGUCGCCGGGGAGCGCGACGGGCUGUUGGGCAGCGAGACGGGCGGGCUGGGCCCCGGCGGCGGUGGCAGCGGCGGCGGCCUGGGCGGCGGGCCGGGCCCCGGCGGCGGCCCCGAGCAGGAGGAGGAUUAUCGCUACGAGGUGCUGACGGCCGAGCAGAUCCUGCAGCACAUGGUGGAGUGCAUCCGCGAGGUCAACGAGGUCAUCCAGAAUCCAGCGACUAUCACUCGAAUACUGCUUAGCCAUUUCAACUGGGAUAAGGAGAAGCUGAUGGAGAGGUACUUCGAUGGCAACUUGGAGAAGCUCUUCGCAGAGUGUCACGUAAUUAAUCCAAGUAAAAAGUCGCGAACGCGCCAGAUGAACACCAGGUCCUCAGCCCAGGACAUGUCCUGUCAGAUCUGCUAUCUCAACUACCCAAACUCGUACUUCACUGGCCUAGAGUGUGGACACAAGUUCUGUAUGCAGUGCUGGAGUGAAUAUUUAACUACCAAAAUAAUGGAGGAAGGCAUGGGACAGACCAUUUCAUGCCCUGCCCAUGGCUGUGAUAUCUUAGUGGACGACAAUACAGUUAUGCGUCUGAUCACAGAUUCCAAGGUUAAAUUAAAGUACCAGCAUUUAAUAACCAAUAGUUUUGUAGAGUGUAAUCGACUGUUAAAGUGGUGUCCUGCCCCCGACUGCCACCACGUCGUCAAAGUGCAGUACCCGGAUGCGAAACCCGUGCGCUGCAAAUGCGGCCGUCAGUUCUGCUUUAACUGUGGUGAAAACUGGCAUGAUCCUGUUAAAUGCAAGUGGUUAAAGAAAUGGAUUAAGAAGUGUGAUGAUGACAGUGAAACCUCCAAUUGGAUUGCAGCCAACACAAAGGAAUGCCCGAAAUGCCACGUCACCAUCGAGAAGGACGGGGGCUGCAACCACAUGGUCUGUCGGAACCAGAACUGCAAGGCGGAGUUCUGCUGGGUGUGUCUGGGCCCCUGGGAGCCCCACGGAUCUGCCUGGUACAACUGUAAUCGCUACAAUGAGGAUGAUGCAAAGGCAGCAAGGGAUGCACAGGAGCGAUCCCGAGCAGCCCUGCAGAGGUACCUAUUCUACUGCAACCGCUACAUGAACCACAUGCAGAGCCUGCGCUUCGAGCACAAGCUCUACGCUCAGGUGAAGCAGAAGAUGGAGGAGAUGCAGCAGCACAACAUGUCGUGGAUCGAGGUGCAGUUCCUGAAGAAAGCAGUCGACGUCCUCUGCCAGUGUCGUGCCACACUCAUGUACACUUACGUCUUUGCCUUCUACCUCAAAAAGAAUAAUCAGUCCAUUAUCUUUGAGAAUAACCAAGCAGACUUAGAGAAUGCUACAGAGGUGCUUUCUGGGUACCUGGAGCGAGAUAUAUCCCAAGAUUCGCUGCAAGACAUAAAGCAGAAAGUACAGGAUAAGUACAGAUACUGCGAGAGCCGGCGGAGGGUUUUGUUGCAGCACGUGCAUGAAGGCUACGAGAAGGACCUGUGGGAGUACAUCGAGGACUGAGCCUGGCCCCGCAGCAAUGAACUCUGAACCCUUUCCCAUCCUAGAGUGCUCAUGCAAUUCCAAUAAAACCCACCCAGGGCGCUGCUCCGCCUCUUACACCGCUGGUCUGUAGUACCGGGAUUCUGUUUUGUUAACAGAAAAAUUAAGUAAAUUAUAUUGUAAUAAAAAAAAAAAAAGGUAGAUAAACCAUUGUACAACAGUAUUCUAGGCGGCCAAGAGUGUGACAGACGCACUAAAAAACCCUCCAACUUUAACUUGUAACGUAGCUUCAUCCUCCAAGCCGACUCCUUUUUCUUUUCUCUCUUUCUUUUUCUGUGUGUAGUACAGAUGAAACUUAAACCAGUUUCUUGACACUGCUUUUCAUGUCCAAACCAGCCAUUUUGAUGGACUUUGGUAAGGGGGGGUGGCUCUCCCGCCCCCCUCCUCCUCUCUGCCACCCAAGUACACGGAUGAAUGUGGAUUGGCUCAUUGUAAAGAGGAUUUUUGGGGAGGGAAGGAGGGGGGUACACAGCAAGGAAAAAAAAAAACCCAACCUUUGUAUAUGACUUUUAAAACAAAAAGAGGACAACACAGUAUUUUUCAAAGUUGUAUAUAGCGCAUAUGCAUGGACAAAGAGCAAGCGUGGCACGUGUUUGCAUAAUGUUUAAUUACAAAAAAAUAUUUAUUCUUUAAAAAUCUUCAA